CAAUCUUUUUAAUGUUGGGAUAUUUAAUGAGUCAUUUUUGGAAAUUACAAGCUACAAGUUUUUAAAAGAAAAACUCUUAUUUCUUGGGAGUAUUGGGAUACUAAAUACGCAGGAAUUCCAAAAUUGGCAAAUGGAACAAGUGAGGCACAAGCCAGUGCAGUUGUUGAGCUGCUAAAAGAAUAGAAUAUCAAGAUGGCGUUUGCGGUUUACGUUUUGACAUUACAUCAUCAAACACAGGAUAACGAAAUGGGGCCUGCGUUCUUAUAGAAAAUAAAAAAAAAAGCUGCUCCGCGGUGUGAUUAUCGCCAAUUUCUAGAGUUGGUUGUAAUUUUUCUCGGAGGACAAUCAAUUGGAGGCUUUAAAUUCAGAAUUUCAACAGCUUUUCAUCAUGCUGGAUGGAUGGUCAAGGCAAUUUAUGCUUUAAAAAUUGUUCUUUUCAGAUCUCAGUUUCAUAUGAGUGUCAAAGAAAUGAACUUUUGGAGUAAAGAUUAAGAGUAAAAAUGGAUAAGCUCAGGAGAGUUUUAAAUGGAAACGAAAAUUGUGACGAAGAAAGCGGCAUAAUCCCACAGGUAAUGGACGCAUCAACCUUGAGUUGGUCGACGAGAAUAAAGGGCUUUGCGAUCUGUUUUGUGAUCGGUAUUCUCUGCUCACUUCUCGGAUCGUUUGCUCUCUUCUUAAAUAAGGGAUUAUCAGUAUUUGCCGUAUUUUAUACUCUUGGCAACAUUAUUUCUAUACUAAGUACAUGUUUCCUCAUGGGACCAGUGAAUCAACUCAAGAAAAUGUUUGCAUCUACAAGGUUAAUCGCCACAAUUUUUGUAUUCGUCUGCAUAGGAAUGACACUUUAUGCUGCAAUUGGAUUGCAUAAACCGGGACUCGCUCUACUCUUCAUAAUUCUACAAUCCUUGUCAAUGACGUGGUAUUCAUUAUCAUACAUUCCAUAUGCCCGCGAUGCCGUAAAAAAAACGGUUGAAUCCUGCAUCACGUGAAUCUGCUCAAAGCAAUAUGACCUGUUUUUCUACGACUCAGCAACCUAAACAUUAGAAGCAUAUGUGACGACAAUAGGCAAUGUAAACGCUAUUAAUUAAAAAAUGUAAUGUACAUGAAGUGAAUUUAGCGUAAUAUUUAUAAAAAACAAUUAAACAAGCAUCCAUAAUAACAUGAAAAAGCAGUGGUUGGCUUGGAAAGAUAAAAACUGUUUACAAAAGAUGGCGAUCAUUUAAUUGUAUCAUUUCUUUUAAACAUGUAAGGAAGGUUAAAGAAGUUUUGCAUUUACUUUGAUCAUUAUUUUGGAUUUAUGUAAUUUAACGUAAUGUAAGCUUUAACAUGUUAUUUAGUUCGGUUUAAGUGCCUUUAGAGCUGGUUUUACUUUCAGUUUUUUAUAGAAAUGCUGUUGUGGUAAAGAAUGCCCUUUGUAAAAUUAGAAAUAAGGAAUAUUUGGAUGUUUAUUGUUUCUUUUAAUGUUCACACUUUUGGGAAUCCCAUUUUCAUAUUCAUAUAAAAUACAAAAAAAUCGAUGAAGCAACACCCUACAUUUUAACUUUGUUUCAAAGAGGCCAGUUUACCCUAUACUUUCAAAAAGCGUUCAGAUAGACGUAAUAUUGAAUCUCAGGUGACCAAGAGCAGAGUAGAGUAGAACCUCUCUUGUUAAAUUAACAAAUAACUGAAAAUUGCACAAGAAUUUUACACGUAAAUUUUAAAUUUUACAACGUAAAUAUAUAUUAAGGAUGAUUUUUACAUGAUAAAGUAAGCCACCGAAUAACCCCUUAUCGAACCUUGUAUGACCAAUAGUUUAUGAAAUAUCAAUUUUGGUCAAUAAGGGUGUGCCUUCACUGAUUGUUGACAUAUUUUGACAAAACGAGUGAAGAUUUGGAAUACGACGUUGCAUCGAAUCUUCUCACGGAAAAGUCCAAGAGAAAUAUUGUAAAUCUUAUGAACAAUUCUUGAAGUGGAAAAAGAAUAAAAAUAUAAAUUUUUCAGUGGUUUUC